UGGCCCUAUCAGCUCCCCUCUCAUUGUGCGGUAGCAGCAACCGACGUACACACAUUAAGCAGGGAUCAGCCCAGGUUCAGCAUCCCCGAGGGGCUGCUCUGUGCGCUUCCUCCCCCUGCCGCCCUGCUGCUGAGUCGCUCCUGGGUUUCUGUGCAUGCCGUACAGAGCGGAGGAAAGAGCCAUGAAUCUGGGGGAUGGUUUAAAGCUUGAAACUGAAAUACUGGAUGGAAAACCUAGACUGAUAGUGGCACCUUGUGUGAGUAAAUCCAAACCAAGUGUAAAGAUGUGUAAUAAAAACAAAACAUUUAAACAUGCUUUGAGAACAAAACAGAAUGGGCAUAUUCUGAAAUCAUUGCACACUUCCUGUGAAAAGAGUGAAUGUUUUACGAAACAGAAAGUGGGAUCAAGACUGUCCCUGACAAAAGAUGGGAAAAAUAGUGAAACUUUGAUAUCUACUAAGGAUUCAUCCAAAGAACCUUGCAAUAAAGACAACACUUUUAUCACUCAAAAAGACAACACAACUGCAAAGCCAGGUAACACCAGAAUUUCAAUUAAGAAACCUCCGGAAUCAAACAAGAAGCUCAAAAAACAUCCUGUUUCUGUCGAGGAGCUAAGGGACAAUUUGGUAUGUUUAACACAGCAGCAGCUUGAACAGAUUUUGUUGGCUGUAAAAGAAGCAACUACAGGAACCUCUCAGCUUCAGGAUGAAAAGAAGGAAAAAAGAAUAACAAGCACUGCAGAUAGCAACAUUCCUGCUGAUCAGACCACAGAAGAAAACAUAAUGGGAUUACUCCAAAAGGCUGGUGAAGUUCCAUCUGUUCCAAGUGAACAUAGUUUCAUUUCAAACAAAAACCAAGGAAUAUCCAAGCAGGCCGAACAGAAAGCUAUCGCCAGGAAUUCGUGGAAACCAGCUGAUAUAUUUAGUGCUUUGGGAGAAAGAGAAAGGGACAAAACCUUAUUGGAUGCGAAGAAGUCUCAGUGGAAGAAGGAACUAGAUGAACAGAUAGCUUUCAAGAAGAAACUGAAAGAAACUUUGGAAGCAGAGUCCAAAUAUCACCUGAGGCAGAAAAUGGAUACAGUAAGCUGUUUCGACAAGGGGAAAAUGACUCGGUUGGCAUUUUCAGAUGACUUCAGUGCUGCAACGGAAGAUACCCACAUUUGUAGAACUUUGACCACUGAGCCUAGUGAAACUUCACCCAGUGUUUCAAGUGGCCAAACUGGACAGUUUUCUAGUUUCAGUUCUCCUGAUUUACCAGCUGCUAUUCGAACAGCAUUUGUGUUAGGGGAAGCGACACCAGUAGAGCAUCCUUUUAGUGCUGUAAAACGCGAGCAGCAGAAGAAGUGGCUUGAAGAACUUGAUAAACAAAAAGAAGCUGACAGACUACGAAAACUUGAAGAAAAGUGUAAUUUAUCCAAGGGUGAAGAGCAUGACAAGUGGACAAUGCAUUUUGAUUCUUUCAGGAAUCACGCUAAUUCAUUUUCACAAUACCCAUUAAAUACAACAUAUAAAAAGCAGCCUGAAAUUUUUCAACUUUCACCUGAACCCCAGCACCAGACUGCUUUUACACCUACAACUGCAUGUCAUCUUACGCCUUCAGAAGUGGAGAUUUCAGGAAAGGCAAUUGGAAACAUUUCAGAGCCAAAUCAGAAAGCCAGUUUCCUUCGCUCAAUGACUGCUCUCCUGGAUCCUGCUCAAAUUGAGGAGAGAGGAAGGAGACGGCAAAAACAAUUAGAACAUCAGAAAGCCAUAAUGGCUCAAGUGGAGGAAAAGCAGAAGAAAAAACAACUUGAAGAGGAACAAAGAAAACAAGAAGAACAAGAAGAAGAGCGCCGACUUGCAAAAGAGCAGGAGCUAAUGAAGAAGCAGUUUGAAGAUGAUCUGCUCAAACAAAAGCAAAAAGAGGAGAUAAUGACCGUCAAAACAAAUGAGCUAUACCAGACAAUGCAAAGAGCUCAAGAGCUGGCGCAGAAGUUAAAACAGGAACAGCGUAUUAAAGAUUUGGCUCAGAAGGGGCAUGAUAUUUCCAAACUGCAGAAGAAUAUCGGUGGUGGUGAUGUACCAUGUGAGAGUUACUGUACUGACCUGAAUGGCUUUUUUGAUACUCGUGAUAAUAAUGAUCACUGUUCUGGAGAGAACAGCAGUCUAAUGAAUCAGGAUGUCAAAACUAUUCUCUCUCCUCGGAAAGACACUGCUGUUCAGACAGAUAUUUUUAACAUUGACGUGCACCCUAAUUCUGAGAUUUGCACUAAGCAAACUGGGAAGGGAAGAGCAGACUGUGAAUCUCCAGGUAUUGCUGCAGAAUAUAAAGCAGACUUCAAAAGCAAAAAGUGCAAGAAAGAGACACAGUAUCUAGAUAAAAAGAAGAUUUCAGAAAAAGAGAAUAUUGUCAGCUACAGCAAUCUAUAUGAACAAUUUGCACAAAAACAGAAGCAUGGCAAGGCAAUUGAAAGGAAUUGGAAAAAACCAGACUGGAACAUAAACAAACCUUGCAAAAGGUAUAUCCCAGCAUCGGAAAAAUAUCCAAGAUGUAUGCAAAGGCAAAGGGAAGAAAAGAAAGCUAGACGACAAAUGGAACUGCUUCAGUUGGUUGAAAGAAAUAGUCCUGGAAAUCUCACUCAAAAGAAAGGCAUUUCUCCAGAUGAAUCCCCCUCACUUCAGCAUGAAUGUGAUGUUAAGAAUAAGGAAGAACAAUCACCAGAAAACCACUUAGGUGAACAAAGAUCUGAAUCGCCACCCGUUCCAGCAGUUAAAAACAGAUUGCCGCAGCAAAUAAAGACUCCUGAUUUCGAAGCUCAUAAUAGCAAUGACGGAAGAGAGAAAAGUACCUAUACAGAUAAGCAUCAGAGUGAAGCACCACCUCAAAGUGCUGAAACUGAAAGGCCACCUUCUUCUCACUUUGUUCCUUACGUGCGAACAAAUGAAGUGUAUUACCUUGAUCCAGAUGCACCCAUGACCAGGCCUUCAACACAUGAUCCACAAUAUCAGCAGCCAAACGAUGCUUGCCAUACACCGCGACAGAUUUUUAGCUCCGAUCACAUAAGGGAUCCACUUUUUAAUCCUAAUGUGGUGAGAGACAGACAGCAGGCCAUACUCAAAGGACUUUCAGAACUACGACAGGGCCUCCUCCAGAAGCAGAAAGAAUUGGAGACAUGCUUUAUUCCAAACAUCAUAAGCCAAGAGGAUAAUUUUAUUUCACCAUUUUAAGGAAUUUGAAGUUUGAUAAAUGAAUUUUUAUUGUGUUGGCACUUUAUACUUACUACUGUAAUUAUGAACAUAUUGGUAAAAUGUGAACUUUUGUUCAUUUGAAGAUGCUUGAAUGAGUGAUUAUACAUUUUGGAAGAAAGAUGUACGUAGCAGGAAACAAUACUAUAGCACGGGCUUUUGUUUACAUGGAAUAUUUGUGUAGCUAAUUUAAAUUUUGUGUGUCCACUUAGCAAGAGGAAUAAAUUAUUAGGCAUUUGAAUGCCAUGGCUGUGUA